AUGAGAUUGAGUUCCACGAAUAUGCAGGCUAGAAAGAUGUUAUUUGCUGCUAUUCUAUCUAUUUGUGCAUUAAGUUCGAAGAAGAUCUCAAUCUAUAAUGAAGAAAUGAUAGUAGCUCGUUGUUUUAUAGGCUUUAUCAUAUUCAGUCGGAAGAGUUUAGGUAAGACUUUCAAAGUGACUCUCGACGGGAGAAUCCAGGCUAUUCAGGAAGAAUCGCAGCAAUUCCCCAAUCCUAACGAAGUAGUUCCUCCGGAAUCCAAUGAACAACAACGAUUACUUAGGAUCAGCUUGCGAAUUUGUGGCACCGUAGUAGAAUCAUUACCAAUGGCACGCUGUGCGCCUAAGUGCGAAAAGACAGUGCAAGCUUUGUUAUGCCGAAACCUAAAUGUUAAGUCAGCAACACUUUCAAAUGCCACUUCUUCCCGUCGCAUCCGUCUUCAGGACGAUCUAGUCACAGGUUUUCACUUCUCAGUGAGUGAAAGAUUUGUCCCCGGGUGUACGUUGAAAGCUUCUAUAGUAGAACUCAUUCGAGAGGGCUUGGUGGUCUUAAGAAUGGUUCGGGUGGGGGGUUCUCUUAAGAAUAAAGAAGAUGAAUAG